AUGGACCCGAGGCUGGCGACGACGCCGCUUGCGCCGGUGACGAUUCGCCGCCUGCACGAUGCCGUGUAUGCGCUCCAAGCGCUUGUCGGUAGCCGCCAAGCCGAGAUUGCGCAGGCGCAGCGCCAUUACGCUCUCCAGCGCGCGCUUCGUCUCACUCGCGUGCGCGCGGACGACGCGGCGCACAAGUCGACGCUUCUCACCGAGGCCAUGGCCCGUCAUUUUCGAGCCAACGAGCGCCUUCUCAUGUACAAGGCGGAGAUGGAAACCAAGGAGCUACGGCGCGCCGAGCAGCGAGCGGCAGGGACGGCCCUCUACCGCGAGAUGCAGCGCGAGCGGCACGCGGAGGAAGAGAGCUGCCUCGCCAUGCACAUGCAGGAGAUGGAAACGCGCCACUACAUCGCCGAAGACCGCUGGCGGUCAGCCGACAAGCGCCGUCGACUCGGCGAACUCGACAAGGUGGAGGCGUGGCAGCGCGCGCAGGACGACGCCGCCGCGGCAAGAGCCCAAGAGCUGGCGAACGAGCUCUUGGCGCAUCAAGCCGUUGUGCACGCGGCUGCUGCGCGCGAACGCAUCGAGCGCGAGCACGCGUGGCUCGCCAAGUCCAAGGACGAUGCCGCGAUCCAGCACGCUCGGAUGGCGGCCCGAGAGGCAGCCCGAGCCGCAGAGAAGGCGGAGCGUAAAGCGCGCAAGCUCCAGACCAUCCAAGCCCAGCAGCAGCGUGCCCGCGAGCUGGCCGCGGCGCGUGCGAUCAAGCACCAGGAGCUGGCCACCGAAGAGGCGGCGCGCGAUCACAUGCUCGCAGAAGACAUGCUCAUACGCCGCCUGAUCACCGAGCAGAAGAAGCGGUUCGAAGCACAACUGUGGGCGGCCCAGCGCGAAGCUGCGCAGCGAGCCAAGCCCGAUCCGCUCGCUCUCGAUCCCGCCCGGCAGCUCGACGCCGACGCGCGAGCCGAAGCGAGGGAGCUCGUGGCCAUGGCUGACGAAGAGGCGCUCGAGCAACAUCGGCUCGCUGCCGUGCGCCAGGCCGACGAGUAUUCGAAGACGCUGCGGGCCAUGCAAGCCGCCGACGAAGCAUACAGCAAGAAGCUCGCGGACCGCCUCUUUGAAGCGCGAUCGCGUAAGCUCAUGCACGACGAAGAGAUGCGUCUCCGGCGCGUCCUGCGGGAGGCGCGCCUCCGAGAAGAGUACCAUGAGCGCAAAGAGCGCCGCUCGAUGCUGGCGGAAGAGACGCACAUGCGGCAGCACCUCGCCGACGUCGAGAAGCGCCGGCUCAAGAGGCUCGAAUGGACCCGUCGCGCCGAGAUGUGCGUCGAAGAUAUCCGUAGCCACCAAGUGCGCGACCUCGAAGCGUCGGGAGCGCAGAUCGGCCUCGUGUUCUGGCGACCGCUCGAAGAAAAGACGCUUCAGGCCUAUGUCGCCGCGUACCCAACGCUCCUGCGCUGGAACAUUCAGUUCAUCCUCUUGACGACCGGCGUCCGCGGGGACCCACCGUGGAAGAAUGUGACGUGGACGCCGCCCCGUUAA